GAGUACUGGGCCACAUAAAACAACGGUGGCCAUUUAAACGCAGCGGUCGCGUGCAAAUCUCGCAGCGGCGUUCGCUUUCCUCUUCUUCCCCGUUUCUUCGUCCGAUCGCGCACGCACCAGAGAGAGAAAGGGGGGAGGGAACGAAAGAGGAAGAGUAGGCGUAGAACGCAGGUCAUCGUUCAUGGCGUCGAGGCGGAUCAUCAAGGAGCUGAAGGAUCUGCAGAAGGAUCCCCCGACCUCUUGCAGCGCAGGCCCGGUGGGUGAAGAUAUGUUCCAUUGGCAAGCAACUAUAAUGGGUCCACCAGACAGUCCAUAUGCAGGGGGAGUUUUUCUUGUCACCAUCCACUUCCCUCCAGAUUAUCCAUUUAAGCCACCUAAGGUUGCUUUCAGGACAAAGGUUUUUCAUCCAAACAUUAAUAGCAAUGGAAGCAUUUGCUUGGACAUCUUAAAGGAGCAAUGGAGUCCCGCAUUAACUAUUUCCAAGGUGCUGCUGUCAAUCUGCUCCCUCUUAACUGAUCCAAACCCUGACGAUCCGUUGGUCCCAGAGAUCGCCCAUAUGUACAAGACAGAUAGGACCAAAUAUGAGACUACGGCAAGGAGCUGGACUCAGAGGUAUGCUAUGGGCUAAAAACUAUGGCUGGAGGAAGAGCGUCGGAGGCUUUUCACUUGUUCGUGGCUGUGUUACCUAUCCGUUUGUAAGACUUGAUAAUUUGUAUGAUCGAAGUAAGCUACAUCUGUCUCGUUUAGACAACUAAAAGACCAGCAAGGAAAGCCUCAACAAUCUCGUCCGAGAACAUUGUUGUCUUGAUUGUUCUUCGUAAUUUAUAUUCGAAUCUUAGCAACA